CAAAGAGGAGGCAGCCGCUCCAGGCCCGGUCCCUCGGCCACCUCCGGGAGGGCUGGAAGAAAAUAAUUUGCUGAGAUGUCAGCUGGGGAUUCUUCUAGAAAAACCUUGGAAAUGGAGUGCUUCCACACAAGAUUCAGUGCCUGGACACCUUUCAGCAACAAAUCAUUAAAUAGACAGCUCUUUCAGGAAAGAGUUGCUCUUAUAAGUCAUUGGUUUGACCUCUGGACCAGCAAACAACGUCAAGAAUUCUUAUUCACGAUUUUUUUACGAUGCACCAAAUCACAGUUAAGGUUUGUCCAAGACUGGUUUUCAGAAAGGACGCAAGUGGCCAAAGUGGAUUUCUCUACAGUGUUACCACGCUUCAUUUCUCUCUAUAUCUUUUCCUUUCUGAAUCCAAAAGAUUUGUGUGCAUCUGCACAAGUCAGCUGGCCCUGGAAGUUUCUAACUGAACAGGACUGCUUAUGGAUGCCUAAAUGCAUUAGGUUUGGGUGGUUUCUGCCCUAUACGCCAACAGAUAAUGAGUAUGGUGCUUGGAAGCAUCAUUACAUUGCUUGUGUGUCCAGCUUAGAUUGGCUAAUACCUAGGGAAGCCACUGCUAUCUAUGGGACCCUGAACGAACCCAAAACAGAAGAUGAGGAGCUGCAGGAGAGACAAAGAGAAAAGUGCUUAAGAAAAAUAAUUUGGGAGAAAAUUGCACUACGUAAGAAGGAGUUAUUCAAAGUUCGACCCCCUUGGGUGAGCGGAACAUGUUGCUCUAGAUUGUUAAAAUCCAAACCCCAGCCACGUCUCUCCCAGGCUCUGAGGGAUCGAGUGGGAUUACAUGAAGGUUUGGAGAAACAGCUUGUUUUGGCAUCCUUAGAAGCUUUGCCCAAGCGAAGCAAUGUUUCUGGAAGCCAUUCCUACCCUUUCUUAUUGAAGAAAACUUGGCAUGGAGUUCAUAAAAAUGAUAACAGUUCUUCAUAUGCUUCCCAGCUUCACUUCUUAUUAAUAUCAUCUCGGAUUCCUGCAUGCGAGAUGGUGGUGGACAGCAUUAAGGCAGGUAUCAUUUCUGUGGUGUACGAACAUAGCGGCUUAACCUUGGAGAGCCUGCUUUAUCUCAUAGAGAAAGCUCUGGAUGGACAGAAGGUACAGAGUAUGGGGAUAUUUAGUGAUGGAGACAGCAGAGAAAUCAAUUUACUCCAAGGUUAUAAAAUUGGUACUAAAAAUUUAUUGAGGCCUGAAGUGAGAGACUUCUGGGAGAAACUAGGAAGCUAUGUGGCCCCUGAAGAAGAAGGGGGUCACGUGGACCUCUUUGUACCACUUGGAGCAUCAGAGGCAGGAAUGGAAGUUCUUUCCCAGUUAUCUCAACUAACUGGCACAUUCUUUACUGCCCCCACUGGAAUUGCAACUGGCUCUUACCAACACAUUCUUAGUGAUUGGCUGGGAAGACCGUGGGAAAGGGCUCCCUGUUCCAUCUACUUCAGUGAGUCAAAGCUGCAGAUGUGGUCCAGUUUCACGGAUUGUCUGGAAGACACCUUGAAAUCAGUACGGAAACAGUUAAGUCCUCUCUUCAAGGAGUUGCAAAAGAACAUCAGUGCCAGGAUAAUAGGGCAGCUUACUUUUGACCACACGAGUAUGGCUAGCAUUCUGAAUAACCAAGAAAUUGCACAAGCUCUGGCAGAUGGAUUGAUGGAACUUACAAAAGAUAAUUCUGACAAACCUCUGGAGUUUUUGUCAGAUUUUCUGCUGAAGAAAUGUGGUAAAGGGAGCAAGGAUUUUGAAGAAAACGUUAUUCCGACAAAACGUGAUCCAAAGGCCGCACUCAGUUUACCUCCGCAGGAAAGAAAUGUUCUAGAAGACAACCCUCAGGACACAAAAUCAAGUCUCAGCAAAAACGAUCCAAAUUUGGAGAUGCUGGUUAAGCUGGAGAGAGAGUUCCAGAUGGACUCAGCUGAAAAGCGAUCGAGAGUUGUCGGGGAACUCUUAGAGAGCGAGAGAAAAUACGUGCAGAUGCUGGAAAUUGUGAGAGAUGUCUAUGUAACGCCCCUGAAAGCAGCGUUGUCAUCAAACAGAGCGAUUCUCAGUGCUGCAAGCAUCCACAUCAUUUUCUCUGAUAUUUUGCAGAUUUUAAGUCUCAACAGGCAGUUUCUAGACAACCUGAGAGACAGACUGCAGGAAUGGGGCCCAGCCCACUGCGUGGGAGAAAUAUUCCUCAAGUUUGGAAGCCGGUUGAACACAUACACCAAUUUCUUCAACAAUUACCCGGUUGUUCUGAGAACUAUGGAGAAGUGCAGAGAAAUGAUACCAGCAUUCCGAGCUUUCCUGAAGAGACAUGAUAAGACCAUUGUGACCAAAAUGCUGAGCCUCCCGGAGCUGCUUUUGUACCCAUCACGAAGAUUUGAAGAAUAUGUUAAUCUUCUCUACGCACUGAGGCUUCACACUCCCGCAGAACAUGCUGACCGUGGGGACGUGACCACUGCAAUUGACCGACUCAAAAAAUAUAAAAGUUAUAUAGAUCAGAUGAAGCAAAACAUCAGUAUGAAAGAUCAGCUGUCAGAAAUACAGAGAAUCGUCUGGGGAUGCCCGACUCUAUCAGAAGAAAACAGAUAUCUGAUUAGGGUCCAAGAUGUAGCCCAACUUCACUGCUGUGAUGAGGCAGUAAGUUUCUCUUUAAGGCUCUACGAACACACCCGUGACCUCAGUCUUUUCCUCUUCAACGAUGCACUGCUUGUUUCUAGUCGGGGCACAUCUCAUACUCCAUUUGAGAGGACUUCAAAAUCAACCUACCAGUUCAUUGCAUCAGUGGCCCUUCAUAGGUUACUUGUAGAGGAUAUUCCAGAUUCCAAAUAUAUCAAGAAUGCAUUUAUUCUUCAUGGUCCAAAACGUGAAUGGAUUUGUGCUACAGAGGUUGAGGAUGAUAAAUUCCUAUGGUUGUCAGUACUCCAAAGUGCAAUCAAAAGUAGUAUGGAGAAGUGAGAAAACAUUAUGGGCGCUUAUUCUCCCUGGCAAAGACAAUGUAUUUUCUGUUCCAGAAGAUCCGUAGGAAGCAGAAUGAUGAUUUGUCAUGGAUGAUGGGAGAAUGAACUAGGACGACCCAUAAAGUCCCUCCUAACUUUUAAGCUUUAUCGUCUGUGUUCAACUAUGUGAAGAAAUGUAAAGUACGAACAAAUUGAGUCCAAAAUUUUGAAGCACUUCUUUUGGUAGUUAUUUUUCACAGACACUAUUGUUUAGAUUAAUUUGACAGAACAAGGAUAAUUGUGUAUUUAAAGUUUUGUUUUAUGAUCUAA